ACUGUUGCAUGUUGCUCUGACUACCGUUUCGGAUGCUACUUUCAUAUUGUCGGCUGAUUGUGGUCUGUGUCGUCUUGUCAGUUGUAAUCAGUGCUCCAUUGCCAGGCGUCCAGCGUACACAUGGGGAUCACCAUCCUUUCUGUAAGUUGUGCCGUCGGUUUGCUGAGAAGGUAGUUGAUACCAUCCAAAGUAAGAAGGCGUAUGCAGACAUCAGGAAUGAUACUAUUCGAUUGUGCACGGAAGCCAUGGACGUUGAUGGGUUGAAGGGUCACGUGAUCUGUCCUGGUCUAAUGGAUACGUAUAUACCGCCCAUUCUGUACAUUGUCUCAGAAGCGUUGUUUUCUCCCAAUGAAAUAUGUCAGAAACUCGAUUUCUGUCCACCAACCAAUGAACACCAAGGUCACGUGAACAAUCAACUAAAUCACAUGAUUACUGACAUUUCAGAUGCAGCACAGAGACAUGACAAUACACAACACGGGAAGUUAGACCAUCAACAGCCAAUCAGGAUACUUCAAUUGACUGACAUUCAUUUAGAUCACCAAUAUAAGUCUGGCACUCCAGUAGACUGCGGACUAUUCAUUUGCUGUCAAGAAGGCAUGAACGGCUCUGGCAGAGCCGGUCAAUAUGGAGACUACAAGUGUGAUCUUCCUAUUGCUACACUCAACCUCUUGACUAAUCAUUUAAAACAGCUUAACCCACAGCCUGAUUUUAUUGUGUACACGGGUGAUAACCCACCACACGACAUAUGGGAAGAGAGCUGGCAGAGUCAGACAAACUCAACGAAUUUUCUUGUUAAAUAUCUUUCUACCAAGUUGCCUAAUCAAACCAUUUAUCCAGCAAUGGGAAAUCACGAAACGUUUCCUGAGAGUUUUUAUUAUCCGCCGAGAUAUCGGAAUCUGACUGAUGCUCUUGCGGAGUUUUGGCAGCGUUGGGUUGAGCUGCCGGAGAAUGCACUGCAGACAAUAAGAGCUGGUGGGUUCUACACUAUGUUGAUCAGACCGGGACUCAGACUGAUGUCUAUUAAUACAGAUUUUGGGUAUCGAUUGAAUUUCUACACUCUCCUCAAUGACCAAACUCCCGAGUUCUUUAACCAACAAAAGUGGAUGGAAGAGACGCUUGCAAUGGCGGCAGAGAAAGGAGAGAAGGUUAUCAUUAUUGGUCACAUUCCACCUGGAAUUGCGGACACAAUCAAAUCAUAUGGAGAUUUUUAUGUUCCUGUUGUUGCCAAAUAUAGAGACAUCAUAGUUGGACAGUUAUUUGGUCACACACAUGAAGAUCAAUUUGAAGUGGUUCAUGUCAACAGUAAACCAGCAGGAGUUGUAAACGUUGCACCAUCAGUAACACCACGUACAGACAUCAAUCCUUCAUAUCGUAUCUACUUGAUGGAUCCUACAACGUUUCGUCUUAUCGACUACGAGCAGUAUCAUAUAAACCUAACGGAAGUAAAUCUCCUUGCAGAGCAAAAUCGAAUUGAUGAGAUCAAAUGGAAACUGGCCUACACAGCAAGAGAGGAAUAUGACUUGCCAGACUUCACACCAAACUCAUGGUGGAAUUUAACUGAAAGGUUUCAACACAACUCCUCAUUACUGUUUCAGUACUGGAACAACAAGUUUGCUCGCAGUGAUGUCCAUCGUCACUGUGGUUGGCUGUGCAAGCAAGAUCUUAUUUGUUUGACACAAAGUGCAUCUAAGACACAGUAUAACGAAUGUCUUUUCAUGUUUGACACUAGUUUGUGAUGAUGAACCCGCAUGAGCGAGUUGUCUUGAACAUUUUGAUUUCAGUUGAUGCAAUUCAAUAGAUAGAGUGAGGGAACACUGUCUUUGUAUUUGUUGAAAUAACAAACCGAGAACAGGAAGA